AUGAUUACUAAAAAACGAAGAAAGUCCAAGAAUACUUUAGUAUUUGAAAAAGAAGCAGAGAAAUUAUCAGCACACAAAGUAUUUGGUAUUAGUGUAGACAAUCCAUAUGCAACAUGGCGCUAUUUUAAUGUCGUCGGUCUUGGGAUUGAUGCAGAUACUUCGGACACUAGCUCUGAUACUACUGAUUCAUCUCAUUCUAUGAAUAUUGAUACAGUUGAGCGUAAUCCAGUUCAUAUUGCUUCUACAGACAAAAACAACCAGCCAAUACAAUCUAGUAGAUUAAAAGAAACAGAACUCAUGCAGUUACCGUCUAGCAAAUUGAAAGAAACAGAAUUAAUACCAUUACAAUCUAGCAAGGUUGAUGAAACAAGAUUUACAGCAUCUGAUAAAAUACUUAUCAAUAUAAAUGAAGAGAGCCUACCACCAAAGCCGUUUUCAUUUGUAUAUGAAUCAAAGAUUUUUAGUGACUUGUGGCAGAUUGAUUGGAAGAAAUAUUUAGAGAUGGAUUUUGAAGAUUAA